UUAGUAAUAUCUUAUAGUGUGUAUGUUGGCCAACUAUAUAAAAUAACUGCUUGUUUAUGACAGUUUAAUAAUGUGGACUACAAUAGUUUUUUUUUAAGAUUUAAAUCAAUUGCCGAGUACAUGUUAAUAUGUUAUAGAUAAAAGAUUAACAGGUUGACUGCAGUACCUUUAUUGUUUUUUAUGUUGUACAUCAAUAGUAUUAUCUAUUAUCUAUAUCAUUAUAAAUAAUUCAUUACACUGCAUAGUAAUUUGUAAUGAGUAGUUAUAUCAUGAUAGAAUAUUAUUCUAUAUAGGGUAAUUCGGGUUCUACCUGUACACUAGUAACCAUUGUUCUGUGGUACCACACAUUAAUAUAUAACUGAAUUAUGCAGUUUUAUGCUUUUAUAUCAUUUACUUUUACUUUCUAGUUUUUAUGAAUUUAUAAUUGUGAUUUAACUGUCAUUUGAAAAUCCAAAUCAGAUUUCUAAUUCAUAAUCAAACACAUUUUACACAAACAAUUUUGAACAUUGAUUUUUUUAUUUUUAAGUUCAAAUAAUAUUGUAUUAUAAACCUAAUUAUAUAUUAUAAUGGAUGAUUUAUGUUCCAAAGUUGAUAUAGUUUUAAAUGAGUGUUCUAGAUAUUUAUAUAAUAUUGAGGAAAAAGAAUUGCAUGAAUCAUCUUUUAAACUAAUAUUCAAAGAUUUUAUAAAUGGACCACUCCUUUAUUUUGUAAAAUCUGUUCAAGUUUUUUUAAAAACAUUUAAAAAUAAAAAUGUUUACAUGCUUUAUGUAUGUUUAAGUCAAAUUCGAAAAUGUCUUCUUCUGUAUGAAAUAACAAUAUCAGAUCAAACCACUAUUCUGAAUUUUGAAAAGGUUUUAAGCAAGUACUUAAUUAAGCGAAUUCAAAAAUGUUUUUAUAAGUUGGAGGACUGUUUAGAAAUGAUAGAUAUACCUGAUUUAGAUGAACAUCCAGGAAAAUUUAUUGAUCAAAUGAAUGUGGUUUUAAAUUCAUUAAAUAAUAGAGAUAAUUUUGAACUUAUUAAACCAAUUAUCAAUAAAAUUUUAUUUCAAGCAAUAACUAUUGCUAAAGUUGCAGAUAAAAUAGAUAACUUAGAAAUAACAUCUUCAUCUAAACAUGUUUUAAAAGCGAUUCAGCAAAUUGAAAACAUAAAUAUUAAUGAUACUGAUAGUUUUUUCCAAUUUGAUUAUUUAUCUUCUUCAUUAUCUAUUCUUGAAAGACGGAUUAAUACAACAGUUUUACAUCUUAUUUCUGAGAUUUUUAAUGAUCCAUUUGAUAUAGUUAAAAAACUGGUUAGAAAGUGCGGUGAUUCUGUUGACAUACAACUAAGAAAUUCAUCAGAUUUAUCAAUUAUAAUUUGUGAUUUGGAUAAAUAUACUGACGUAUUAAUUCAGGUUGGAUUAUUUUCUGUGGCCUGUUGUAAAAAUGAUGAAUAUGUUAUUCCUUUAAAAUCUUGUAUAUCAAGCUUGGAACUUUUGGACAGUGAUAUGGUACCAGCCAUUAUUGAAUUUUAUUUAGAUCCAACUUCAAUAGUAAAGAAGACAUUUUUAAAACUGCUUAUAAACCAUUGGGUUUCUGAAAUUUGUGAAAUACAAAAUCUUUUGGACAAAAUUGUUGACCCUUUUGCAUUUACUCAAACAACAGUAGAAACUUCUAUGAGUAUUAUUGAUACUAUCUCUAAAAGUGAUGAAAAUACCAACAUGGAUUUAUUUAUAAAGUUUUCAAAUGGAAUGAAUAAUUUUUCAAAGUUCAUGGAAAAAAUAUUUGCUACAGCCCUAUUUGAAAAUAAAGAACUUUCUUCAACUUUUGAACAGUUUAAAAAUGCUUUGAGAGAGUAUAAUGCAUGUUUAGUCUAUAAUCAAAGAACAAAUGACAGUUAUAAUGAUGAAUUAAUUAAAAAUAAAUUACUUAAAAGAUGUGUAAUUGUAAUAAAAUAUUUGAAGAAUAAUCAAAUUUUAAUUUCUAAUAUAUUAGAUGAUAAAAAUUUGUCUGAAUUAGAAAACACAAAUUAUAUUUUAUCUAAAACAAAACAAUCCUCACUGAGUUUAAUGCAAACUGAUAACCUUGAUAAUAAUGAAGAUUUGAAUUUGUUACUUACAACUAUUCAAGUUCAAAAAUCAUUUUACAACAAGUUAGAACGUAAAACUUCAAAAAAAAUGUCUCAUGAAGAUUAUAAUUGUUUAAUAUCCACUAAUGAAACAAUUUAUGAUAAUGUUGUUACAAUGGAUCUUACAAAAAUUUUAGAUAAUUAUAUUCUUGAGUCAUUCAAUAUAAAUAAGGAUAAUAAAACUACAGUAAACAUAUGGGAAGAAAUAGGUAUUGACACUCCAACAAGGAUACAAGAUAUAGAAGAUGUUAAUAAUAAGAUUUUAAGUGCUAAGAAAUGUUAAAAUAUUUAUUUAUUUUUAUAUCAAAUUGUUACAAAUAUGAUUUAAAUGAACAUCCUAAUUAAUCGUCUAGUU